AUGCCUAAAAUAAAAUCAACUUUGAUAAAUACAAUUUCGAAUUGGAUUGCUCCUUACAAUGAAAAUAAAAAAGCAUUUUCAUCAGAUGUUAAGGUUAUAUAUUGUCUCGUGUGUAACAAAUCUGUGUCAACUGAAAAAAAUAUCUAUGAAAUCACCGUUGCAAAACAGGUAAGUUUUGUAUUUUACGCUCAUGCUACACGUAAUAUACUACAUAUUAUUUCAAAAGAAUAAAUAAAACAACAGCUUUUGAUUAUUUCUUAAAAUUCGAAUAGUAAGAAUGUAUUUUAUGAAGAUUCAUAUAAUGCAUUUGUUGCUGCAAAUAUUCCUUUGCAUAAGCAUCAUACGUUAAAAUCAUUAAAAAAAAAAGUACACUGGCAAAUCAAUUCCGGACGAAAGCACUUUAAGAAAAAAUUUCAUACAAAUAUUUAUAAAAGCUUUAUGGACCAAAUAAUUACCGAUAUUGGAAAUAAUUACGUUUACAUAAUUUUUAACGAAACAACCGAUCCAAGAUUUUGUAUAAAUAAUUUUUUUAAUUUCUCAUAUAAUAAAUUAUAUUAUUUAUGUUUAGGUUUGGCUAUUGCAAAUUUAUUAAUUGGUGAAUUAGAUGGGACGUCUAGUAAAUCAUAUUUAGUUGCACGUAAAGAACUAGAAUCCACCAAUUAUAAACCUACCUGUCAGUUUAUUAAUUUCUCGUUAAAAAUAUUCCCUGGUAUUGUAUAA